AUGGAAAAUAGCUUAAAAGACGGAGUAGCAUUGACUAUGAUGGUAACGGAAAAAGAGAUAGAGGCCAAUGAGGGCAAGAAAAUAGUGCAAGAAGCUUCAGGAGAGAAUGGGUUUGAGAAUGGAGUGCUUCGUCCGCGAAAACAGAGGACAAAAUGGACGAUUGAGGAGACAAAUGACCUUCUUCAUGGAUGUAGCACGUAUGGUGUAGGCAAUUGGAAGAAGAUUUUGCAUGAUUCUCGCGUGUUUUUACGUUGUGAAGAUAUCGGUUUAAUAAUCGCUCACCGAUUGAUCUUAAAGACCGGUAAUGGCAAGAGUUUUAGUAGGAGGUUAGAUGUUUAUUGGGAUGUUAGGUUUCGUACAGUUUUCCCCCAGGAUUAUCGUUAUUUUUACCCUAAUGCACACACACAUAUAAAUCGGCAGCAAAAAAUGGCAUCUCAAAGUUUUUUGCCACGUGUUAACCGCAAGGAGCGCCGGGCAUUUACUCCUGAUGAAGAUGCACGCCUUCUCGAGGGAUUUAUGCGUCAUGGGCCUUCGUGGUCAAAAAUACAAAGAGAUGUUACUUUUUCUUUGUCGUCUCGUAGAAGUAUUGAUCUUCGUGACAGAAAUGCAUUUCCAGAGAAAUAUGCAGCAGCUGGUUUUAAAUCUCGGCCAUCGAAGAAUAGUCGUAAACAAGCAACUAGAUCUGCUCCUAUGGACACUUCUGCGCCUUUGUCUGUGCCUCAAUCCUACAACAAUACUUCUACACCUCUUGAGAUCAAGUCUUGGCAGUCAUAUGCUAAUGUGGGUGAGUUGUGUAACAUGCAAUCUAUGGUUUUUGGUGAAAACUUUCAUUCAAUUUCAAGUACGUCAUUAGAGUCUCUUCAUGAAAUUUUUUCUGCGAAUACACUUAAUACCUAUGAUUCUUCUAACGAGCUUUUUAUAUCUUCAGAGCCAGCAGAUCAUGGACAUAAAUCGUCUAUGGAAUUUAUAGUAUCACAAAAUUCUAACGUUUUAUGGUCGAAUAUUAAUAAUCAUAAUAUUUUAUCAAUGGAUUCCAGCAAAAUAACAGAUGUUUCUAGUUCCCAAUAUGUCGAUCAUAUGGGUAUAAAGGCUGAAUAA